CGGAGCUGUGCCGCUGCUGGCGUCGUCAUUCCCUCGCAAAGCUUCCAGGGACAGACAGCAACUUCAAUUCCUGGUCCUACGCUGGCACUUUUCUUUGCGCCUGACCCUUUAGAGCUGUGAUUUACCAUCUCACCCUCAUUAUUUCAGCACAUCGCCGGCGACAUUGAAACCAAGGUGGCAGAAACACCAACACCAUGACGACCCCCGCGCCCCCGGAGGACCAAUCCCGGCUCCUCGAGGAUGCCCUCAUUGCUGUGCGCCAACAGACGGCGCUGAUGCGCAAAUGUCUGGAUACGCCGGGGAAGCUAAUGGAUGCGCUUAAAUGCUGUUCCACCCUAGUCUCCGAACUCCGAACAAGCAGUCUGGGCCCCAAGCAGUACUACGAGCUGUACAUGGCCGUCUUUGACGCCUUGCGCUACCUCUCGGUUCACCUGCGCGAGAACCACCCCGUCAACCACCUCGCCGACUUGUACGAGCUUGUCCAGUAUGCCGGCAACAUUGUCCCCCGCCUCUACCUCAUGAUCACCGUCGGCACCGCAUACAUGGCCAUCGAGGGCGCACCGGUUAAGGAACUGAUGAAGGACAUGAUGGAUAUGAGCCGCGGCGUACAACACCCGAUUCGUGGCCUCUUUUUGCGCUACUAUCUUUCCGGCCAAGCCAGGGACUGUCUCCCGGCCGGCGACUCCGAUGGGCCAGAAGGGAACCUUCAAGACUCGAUCAAUUUUGUGCUCACCAACUUUGUCGAGAUGAACAAGCUCUGGGUUCGUCUGCAGCACCAAGGACACUCGAGGGAGCGGGAUCAAAGGACACAGGAAAGGAAAGAGCUUCAGUUGUUGGUGGGGAGCAAUGUUGUGCGGCUCAGCCAGCUGGUGGAUCUGCAGGCGUACAAGAAUGGCAUCCUCGCGCCAUUACUGGAGCAGGUUGUGCAGUGCCGCGACGUUUUAGCCCAGGAGUACCUACUCGAGGUCAUCACCCAAGUCUUCCCAGACGAAUUCCACCUCCACACACUCGACCAGUUCCUCGGCGCCGUCUCGCGGUUAAAUCCGCAUGUGGACGUCAAGGGUAUCGUCAUAGGCCUCAUGGAUCGUCUCUCCGACUAUGCCGAGCGCGAAUCGCAGAACGAGUCGGAGGAGGACAGGGAAAAGAUGGAAGAGGAGGCUUUGGCGAACCUUCUCGAGAAGGUUAGGCUGGGCGCGGAAAGCGCCACCCAGGCCUCGAGCACCCCCACACAGGAAGCUGAAGCCCCCGGGAGCGCAGAGAAACCCGAAGGUGACGCCGGGUCGGCUGCAGACACGCCGAAAGCAGAGGAUGAGGCGACCCCGUCCGUAGCAGACACUGAAACGACAGCAGUGAAUGGAGACGAGUCACAGCCGGCCACGAAGCGGAGGGGAAUCCCGGAGAACGUACCGUUAUACGAGGUCUUCUUUGGGCAGGUGAAGAACCUCGUUCAGGCGCAGCACCUCCCAAUACAAGAUACCAUCGCCCUGUCCGUCUCGCUGACGAACCUGGCGCUCAAUAUCUAUCCUGAGAGGUUGGACUACGUCGAUCAGAUCCUGGGCUACGCCCAUAGCAAGGUCCAAGAGCAUGCCAACAGCGCAGAUUUACACUCACAGCCAGCACAGCAAAGCUUGUUGGCGCUCCUCCAGAGUCCCCUACGGCGUUACUUGUCCAUCUUCACGGCCUUAUCGCUCCCCACCUACGUCCCCCUGCUCCAAUCCCAGACCUACCCUACGCGAAGAGCGGUCGCUGGGAGUGUUGCCAGGACACUCCUCAAGAACCAAACCUUUAUUUCUACCCCAGCGCACUUGGAGAAUGUCCUCGAAGUCCUCAAGGUUUUGAUCAGGGAGGGAUCGCAACCGCCAGCCGGCUAUCCUGGUGUCGUGCAGCCCCGGGCGCGCGCCGUUGAAACCGACGAGACUAUGGAGGAACAAGGUUGGCUUGCUCGCCUUGUCCACCUGGUACAUUCCGACGACAACGAUACCCAGUUCCGUCUCCUGCAAAUGACGAGAAAGGCGUACGGCGAAGGCAACGAACGAAUUCGCACCACAACACCGCCGCUCGUUACCGCCGGCCUGAAGCUCGCCCGCCGUUUCAAGACCCGCGAGCACUAUGACGAUAACUGGUCAUCACAAUCCUCGGCGCUCCUCAAAUUCCUACAUUCCGCCGUAUCCACUCUGUACACCCGUGUUAAUGGUUCGGGCGCGGCCGAACUAUCUCUCCGCCUGUUCUGCUCUUGCGGCCAGGUCGCCGAUAUGACCGGCUUCGAAGAGGUAGCUUACGAGUUCUUCGCGCAGGCGUUCACGGUGUAUGAGGAGGCCAUCAGCGACUCAAAGGCCCAAUUCCAGGCCGUCUGCGUCAUUUCCAGUGCACUCCACCGGACAAGAAACUUCGGCAAGGAGAAUUACGACACUCUCAUCACCAAGUGCGCCCAGCACGCAAGCAAGCUGCUGCGCAAACCAGACCAGUGCCGUGCGGUUUACCUAGCCAGCCACUUGUGGUGGGCGACGCCCAUCGCCGCGAACGGAGAGACGGAGGAGACAGAGCUCUACCGUGACGGUAAGCGCGUCCUCGAGUGCCUCCAGCGCGCUCUCCGCGUGGCGGACUCGUGCAUGGAGACGGCCACCUCGAUCGAGCUGUUCGUCGAGAUCCUCGACAGAUAUGUUUACUACUUUGACCAGAAGAACGAAUCGGUCACCACCAAGUAUCUCAACGGCCUCAUCGAGCUCAUCCACUCCAACCUAGCUGGCAACCAGCAGGACUCGCCGUCUGUCGACGCCAGCAGGAAGCACUUUAUGCAGACACUUGACAUGAUUCGGAGUAAGGAGUACGAGGGCAUUGUUCUGACGCCGAAAUAGUUUGGCUUCUGGCGUAGUGGUAAUUGGUGUGUCUGCAACGGAUCGAUGGUGGGCCUCGAGGUUAGCCCUCACGGGCUGAAGGGUGCAGGCAGAAGAGAAGAUAUGAUAAGAGACAGCUCCCGCUACCCACGAUACCGCAUGGAGGACUUUCCUGCAUGUACAUUUAUUGUAUAUAUGUACACCUUUCCCUUUUGUCAUUGUUUUACUGGAGUUUGACCCGACAGCUUUUUUGUCUGAGCCAAAACCAAUAUCUAGCUUCUUACUUCCAACCGGUGAAGGUUACCUCGGUCAUCAGUCCGCGAGGAGCGGGAUAUGACACGCAUGAACAUGAACGCCACGCACCCAAGAGCAUAUCGGACGACU